UAAAAAUUGUUACUUUUAUAAAAUUAAUUUGCUCAAUCUUUAAUUGUAACAUUUUUUAAUCCUUUUUCUGAAAAAAACAAUUUUCCAUUCAAACAUGAGUCAAAAAAAAUUUGCAAAUUCUCAUCCACAUCACCACCCACAUCAUCAUUCAUGUUCAUUCUGUCUUCUUAAUCGUAUUUGGCGUCGUAAAUUUUUGCUAUUAUCCAUCGUAUUGAUUUUUUUGAUCAUUACAAUCACUAUAACUAAUUCACGUUUAAAUGUAUUUUCAUCUCUAUUCUCACCGAGUUACAAAUUUCAAUAUAAUCAACAACAACAUCAAAGGCAACAUUUGGCCGCUUCCAAUAAAGAUAAUGGCGAUACUUUUAAUAACAACAAUGAUGAUAAAAUGAAUUUACGAAACCAUCAACACCUAAAAGCUGAUAACUACAUGUCCAAUAGCUAUAAUAAUGAUAAUGACAAUAUAAGACGACAAUCAGUAGUGUAUAUACAUCCACCGGGCGAUGAACAACAAAAUAAAGCCUAUAUACCGAAAAAUCGUUUUAUCCAUUUGGAUCUAAAAGGUGCUCCACCAAAAGUUGAAUAUUUACAACAAUUGUUUCCAUUAUUAAGACAAGCCGGUGCAAAUGGAAUCUUAUUGGAAUAUGAAGAUACAUUUCCAUAUGCUGGUGAACUUUUACGGCAUGCUGUGGCUGAUAAUGCCUAUUCUUUAUCAGAAAUUGAAGAUAUUAAACGUUUAGCAAAAGAAAAUGGUCUAGAAAUUAUUCCAUUAGUUCAAACAUUGGGACAUUUGGAAUUCUUCCUUAAGCUUGAACAUUAUCGCCAUCUAAGAGAAAUGGAUGAAUUUCCACAGGCUAUUUGUCCAAGUCGCAAUGAUACUUAUGAAUUAUUAACGAACAUGAUCGAUCAAAUGUUGAUCGCACAUCCAGAUUCGAAAUGGCUGCAUAUUGGCUGUGAUGAGGUAUAUCAAAUAGGUAUUUGUGAUCGUUGUAAACACAAAGAACGUGAUGAAUUAUUUCUUAAUCAUGUUAAAAGAAUCGCUACUUAUAUAAAAGAAAAAUAUAAUGUGACAUCCAUCAUUUGGGAUGACAUGCUGAGGCAAUUUUCACCUGAUUUCGUAAAAUCCUAUGAUCUGGACAAGAUUGGCGUUGAAAUAAUGAUUUGGACUUAUGUCGAUGACAUUUAUCGUUUCAUUCCUACUCAGAAUUGGAUGUUUUAUGCUGAAACUUUUCCCAAAAUUUGGGGUGCUAGUGCCUUUAAAGGAGCCUUCGGCGAAACAUUGACUGUUCCCAAUAUUAAAAUGCAUUUGGAUAAUAAUAUCGCCUGGCUGAAAGCUUUGGAUGAACAGGAAAGUAGUUUUAAAGAAAUUCGUGGUCUCGUUAUUACCGGUUGGCAACGUUAUGAUCAUUUGGCUACACUUUGUGAACUUUUACCUUCUGGUCUUCCAUCCUUGGUCAUUGAUUUGUUAACCGCCACUAAUGGAAAAUAUGAAUCGAAAUUGUUGGAAAAAUUUCAUCAACUUAUGAAUUGUCCUCAUCAACUUGAUUAUACCUAUAAUACGAUGGGGGCUCGAUUAUUUACACAGUAUCCGACUUUUUCUCAUCUAAUUAAUUGUGAUUUUCCUGGAUCAAAAGUAUUUCGGCUUAUGCAAGAGUUUGAAAAUAUUAAUAAACGUGUAGAUGAUUAUUUAUAUGAUGUAACUAAACAUAAAGCAUGGCUUACGGAUUAUAAUUUCAGACAUAAUAUAACGAGCCCAUGGCGAAUCAGAGAAGGCCUACAAGAUUAUGCCAAUGUCAUGUAUGGAUUAAAAUCUUUGGUCAAAAUGGCAAUCACAGCUCUGGGCGAAAUUUACGAUGAAUAUACUGUCUAUGAAUGGAUUGAAGAAAAACUUUAUCCACAAUUAUUGCGAAUGGAAAAGUUUUAUAAUCAAACAAUAAAAAUUCAAGAAUUACGUGUUUGGCCACGAAGACCAAUUAAGCCUGCCGUUGAUUUACAACGUUUUAUUGAUAAAAUCAAUAAAGAAGAGUGAGAAUUGUUUAAUUUCACAAAUAUUUUAUUACCUUUCAGCUAUGAUGGAAUGUUUUUUGUUGAUGUGAUUAAUGUCUGAAAAACUAGUCAUUUGUUUAAACUUUUUAUCUGUGUCUGGAUGUUUUUGUCAUUUUUUUAUGAAUUUUCAUCUUAAUCUAUUUUUAUUGAUUAUUGAUUUUUUGUGUGAUGAUGA